AUGGCACCGAUCGUGGCAGCGAAGUCGGAGGCUGACCGUGGUAACAACUCCAAAAUCGACAAGAAUGAAGCAGCCGGUAACAAUGAGAGCACUGGUAGUCGCAACAGCAGUAGGAGCGGAAGUCGAUCAAGUCAACCGCGUACGACGACUUCCCGAGAGAAAUCCAGGUCAUCCACCCCACUCACUGCCUGGCCCAACCAAAAGAAGACUGAACCUUCCAAGCGCACGAAGACGCCGACGUCUGCCAAAUCGCCGACACGGGCGACUCCGGAGACCCCAGCGACCACCCAGCCUACCAAAAAGACGGUCGCUGCUCAUCCGUUGCCAUCCGCUAUGCUGCACAAACACAAGCAGGCCUCGGUCUUCACGUCCGGCAAAAAGAAGCACAAGACCAACUUCUCCAGCGCCUACGACUCGGGGUCCAUUCCGUGCCGGAUUAACCACGGAAGUAUCCGCAACGCGCUGCAGUGGACCAAAGACCCAAACAGUCUAUCCUUCGACCCGCUGCUGAUCACCUGUGUCGAGGGGUUCUUGGAGACCAAGCACCCAUUUGUGUUCCUCGCUCGCACUACUUUCCGCGAAUUGAUGCGGCUAGAAGAUGCCCGUGACAAGACGCUCCCCAUUCUUGCCCAGGUGAUCGUGCCGUUGCGUGGGGCGCUGAUGGCCAAGGACGACGAUACGUUCCUCAUGGCGCUGGAGGCAACGCGCAUGCUGUCCGAUCUGGUCGAGGGGGAGAUGAACAUUUACCUGCCCAAACUCACGCAGCAGAUCCACCGCAAACUGCUCACCAAGCAACUACGAGCCGACGUAGAAGAUACGCUCGCAGUUCUAGAGAGUAACGGUGGCAAGGAGGCACUCGCUAUCAUCCGCUCCAAGAUCCCUACGUACGUCUCCAUUCGCUAG